CGAGCAAUCAUUGUAUCGAAAGUGAGAUUUUCACCCCAGUCAACUUCAAAUCCCCGUAGCAAAAAAUCUAAACGGUCAACCCCCUACAAGUUUAUGAUGAGGAGAUUGCCAAAUGUGGUCCCCAUUGUGCCUAUAAAGAUUGGAACCAACGGAAUGUUGAGCAAAAAGCUACAGCCUGUGAUGUUACAGCUAUUUAACAUUGAAGUCAAUGGGCAAAUAAUUAAUAGUCUGAGUCCACAUGUAUCCGGAUGUUAUGGCCGACACUCGUAACAAUCUUUCAGUGUAUUAUUUAUGGAUGGUUAUAGUACAACAUGACCGUUUAUUUAGAGACUAUAAAUGUGCGAAACUGGUUUAAGGCUUGGUGUAUAUAUAAAUAUUGUGGUGUAAUUGUCGAGAUAUUUGGAGAUAUUUAUUUAUGGUGUAUCACCCUAGUCAUGGAGUGUUCUACACUCUUUAUAUUUCUAUCAGUGGGUCGUUAACGGACUUCCAAAGCUGAUCAAUACGAGACAAAUUGAAUAUUAUGUAUACAUGUACAUCUCGGUAUGGCUGACCAGAAAGAUGCCGUAUAUCAACAGUUGCAGUCGAAAGGUUUCAAGGUAGAAGUGGCGGUCAAAGCUAACAUUUUUAAACACAAAGACGACUUUGAAAGUUCCCCUUGUGAUAAAAAUCCCGGGCAUGUUGGUUUUAUCCCUUUUAAUGAAUUCGGUUUGGAACACCUGCCCGUGGAUGCCCGACUAGAUCAUAUUGUACAAAAUAUUAGAAAGUUUGGUACAAGAGUUGUGCGACUGGUUGUUAGAGAUGAAACAGGGAACAAAGUGAAAUUGUAUGGUACGGGUCAUGUAUAUAAGUUACAAGGACGUUACAUCAUAAGGACAAAUAGCCACGUGAUUAGAAAUGAAACUGACCUUAAAAACUGUGUUAUUGAAUUUAACUACAAUUCAAGAGAUCGAUCAGAAGUAAUCGAAAGUAGGGGUAAGCAUCUCAUUUUAACUAAAAACACAGAUGCUGCAAGAUUUACGUUCCAGCCUGUUCCCCAAUUUAUUCAAGAUAUGGAUAUCAUGGAUCGCUAUCUGUACCAGCCGGUUCCAUGUGUAACAACUAGCAGAUAUCAGGUACUCUGUCAUCUGUCUUCUUUACCCUUUUUGAAAGAAAAGUGUCGGAUCGGAUUACUUUUAAAAGAGGAGCCGAAGCAAUCAGACGAUUUAUCUACACACGUUCAGUUUGAAGAUGGAACCAUCAGUAAGUUUGUAAGCUACGUUGUAAAAUUCCAACCUGUUCCAGAGAAGAUUCAAACUCUUCCAGCGGAGAACACAGAGUUUCGACACCCUGUGAUCCAAAUAAAAGAAAAUGGCAAAUGCAGGACAAUUAAAGGAGAAGUGGUUUCAAUAGAAGGGAAUCAUUAUCUAAAACUUGCAGAACCGCUAACUCAGGAACAGGCAAGAGGCUGUAAGGUACUCUUCUCCGAUGGAAGCUGUAGUGAAGGGACUGGUCUAUUUUUUGAGAAAUGGAAUUUUGAAGAAUCCCAGCCAUUGCGAUACCUGAAAGGGAAUGAUUUGGAUCGAUAUCAUUUAUUUUACCGAAAUUUUAGAUUUUGGACAAUGUUUGAUCCCAUUCCUAAAGAUCUUCAACGGUAUACUGACAUGGUCAAUGCUCCACCGAUCUGUGAUCAGCGUUAUCUUCUUGUUAUUGGUCAUCCACAUGGUGGUCCUAAGAUGAUAACUGUUGGGAAAGAAUUAUCCUCUGGUGUUGAAAUUGUUGAUGACUGUUACUUAGAUUGCAUACAAUAUUCUUGUAAAACAUGUCCAGGGUCGAGUGGUUCUCCAGUAGUUCAAUUAGCGGAGUGUCAUCCUUUCACCAUCGCUGUUAAUACACAUUUUAUGGGAAGAAUACGGAGUGUAUCUGAAAUGGUAUCUGGACACACUGAUCAAGCCUAUGGUGAUAACAUCAAUAUUGGAUGGAAUGGUAAAAAAUGGACGGACAUUAUGUUGAAAUAUCAAACUGAUUAACUGCCUUCAAUAGAAGGCUUUAUCUCGCUUUAACUACGUACAUCUUAUCAAGGCCUUCACGUAAUAUCCUGCAUAUUUCGGCACUAAUUUUGAUUGGGUACAAGCCCAGCUUGUGAGCCUAUCAGAUUCCUCGAUUGUCUCGAAUACCAAGUCUCGCGCUUUCAAGCUAAAAUGUCUACUUGUGAUAAUCGAGUUGCAAAGUUCAAGGAUCAUUCAAUGUCAAGGUUUCCGUGGAGGUCACGAUGUCACAAACUCUGAUUGGACGCUACUGCUCACGUGUCUGUAGAUAACAUAGCUAUAAGUUUGGGACCACACCAACGAUUAUUUAUCGGCGAUUUUCUGUUAGCGGUAAAUUUCCCAGACAUUUAUCGGUUAUAUAAAUGUGCAUUACUGACACACGGUUCAUAGCGUAGAAGCCGUUAUGGUCGUUUAAAUUUAUUUCUAAAUGCACGCUUUCGGAUGGGACGAAAAAAAACAAGGUCCUGUGUACAUAUUGGAGUGCACAUAAAAGAUCCCCUGGCAGUUUGAAUUCAACAUAAGAGUAGGCUGUAGAACCGCUGUCCAGGGAAAAUUUCCCUCAUAAGCACACUAUAUGCCCUUCUUAUAUAAGCCCGGUCGGAGCCAUAUUCCUGAAGCAAUGGCCUGAGAAAUCCCUCUCUGGCCAUUGCUGGAUUGGCUUCUGAUACCUGAGCUUUUGAGGGAAUGUGUCUAUUCUUCCCGUUCAAUUAAAUCUAUCCUGAGCACAGCGACAUGACAGGCCUUCGUUUAAUCUGAAGUUUUCCCUAAAACUUUGGACAGUGAUAUAAGGUAUUAGAAACAGUGAAAGUAUUGUUCGUCUCCAAACAGUCUUGUUUACAUUGCAUCCACUUUGAUAGCCUCGUUUGUCACACAAUGAGUUUUUCUGCAAUAUUCUGCUAUGCACUGGUUAAUUGAGUGUAAUAACGUUAUGUAAACAUAUUUGGUCCAAUUGGAGCUCUGUUUAAAGCGUAAUGAUAUUGUUACGCAGUUAGCUAUCUUUAAGCACUAACAAAAAAAUCAGUUUUGAAUACAAAUAAUUGGGGAAGCACUAAACAAUGAGCUGAAUAUUUGAAAAACAUUCUUUAAUUCUUUCACUUAUUUCUUUUUGACUAUUUUUAAUGUAGUCUUUUAUUCUUUCACUUAUUUCAAUUUUGACUUUAUUUUUUAAUUUAGUCUUUUAUUCUUCACAUAUUUCUUUUUGACUAUUUUUUAAUGUAGUCUUCUAUUCUUUCACUUAUUUCUUUUCGACU